AUUCUCAUUGCAUUUCAUUCGAAGGCGGUGGUAUUCGUUCGUCGCAGUUUAUGUUCGUUUUCAUCGUUUUUCUUCAUACAUAAAUACUUUUAUUACAAAUUCAUCACGGAGUGUUGAUUACAAUCUAAUAUCCACAGUGAAUGUGUUAUAAGCAUGUCGCUAAUCGUGCUGUGAUUCGGUGUAAUUUAGACACUAAAUUAUCAAGUCCAAAGUGCGUGUUGUUUAAAAUUUAAUAAUUUGUGUUUGUGAUAAUAUUACAUACGUGCCAAACAUGUCUUUGGAAGAUAAAUUCAACGCCGCGGUCAACGUAAUCCGGAGUUUACCGAAGAGCGGAUCGUACCAGCCGAGCAAUGAGUUGAUGCUUCGUUUCUACAGUUACUUCAAACAGGCCACAGAGGGACCAUGUGAUAAGCCAAAACCUGGAUUCUGGGAUGUCGUGAACAGAGCAAAAUGGGAAUCCUGGAACAAACUUGGAAACAUGACAAAAGACGAAGCUAUGCAGGCAUAUGUGGACGAAUUACACAAGAUAGUUGAAACGAUGUCAUACAACUCCGAUGUGGCCUCAUUCCUGUCAGUGGAUGAUGACAAUGCCGACCUGGAGCUGGUGGCAGGAGACAUCCUGGCGAGGGUCCGCUCUGGAGAGAACUCGCCUGUUUUAUCGGGUGCCUCCUCACCUCGCGGCGAAUCUCCAACGCCGGCACGACAACGACACGACUCCGAGGACGAGUACAUAGACACAGUCGAUGUUAGUGUAAGUGACUCUGAGUCGGCGCCGCCCGCGCCGCCGCCACAGCGUCAGACUGCACAGAGGCUCAGCAACGGACAUGCGCAUCAAAUCACAUCGCAACUCACACAUCUUAAAGUACUGGAACAGCUACCAGGCACGCUGGCGCGGCUCGAGGCUGACGUAGCGGCGCUCAGGAAGGCCGUCGAAGGAGACCGGAGGAUACUCGACCAAGUGUCCCGCGGCUGGCGCUGGCCGUGGCAGGAGCUGAGCGCGCCGACACUGUUACUGCUCGUCGUGUGGCCAUUCGUCGCGUACAGGAUCGCGGCACGGGGGCAACGCAGGCACACGUAACGUAAUAAAAGCAGCUUACUACUAGGUGUAAGGGAUCAUACGUCACAGUUCACAAGCUGUUAGAUACGACUGUAACAAUAUACCCACGGUUUACAAUACAUAACCGAAAUAUUAAAUAAUGUCAUAGUGUGUUCUAUUAUCAGUUAAAAGGCGUCCACUGAUGGCUAAGGAAGAAUUUGAUUUAUGUUUAAUGCAAUUGAAACGUUACUGCGUUGCGCGUUACUGGCCAAUCAAGGGGCUUACUCUUGAAUCCAAUUUCGAUCGAUCGACAUUGGCAUUGUAAAAUUUCGUACUUUUGAGUUGCAACAC